GGUGUCGUGAAGGUGUGGGUCUAGUGAAGUCAAGGUAGGAACUAGCCUUUUUCGAAAUUAUGUUAUGAUAGAAUUCUAUAAGUGUGUAUUCAUUUGGUAUGAAACUUGUGUUUGGGAAGUAGCCUUUGAAUUGUAGUGUUUUUGUAAUACUACGUAGAUAUUUUUAGUUCUGUGCUGUAAUUACAUUCGUUGUUUCCAUGUGCUUGUGCAAUGGAUGAAAUAAAUCUUUCAACUACAAUGGCAAAUGAAUUAUUAGAGGGUCACUAUGCAAGAAAAUUAAGUGACCAAGAUGUUCAGAAGCUUAAGGAUCAGGAUUCAAGACUUGUUUCUGAUUAUCAAUCUAGAAAAUUAGAGCAAGAAGCUAAGAAGAAUUGGGACCUUUUUUAUAAACGUAAUUCAAACCAUUUCUUCAAAGAUAGACAUUGGACGCGUAGGGAGUUUGAGGAAUUAUUGAACAAUAGUGAGUCUGUUGAACCUGGAAGACUGUGCAGGAAAAUGUUCGAAGUAGGUUGUGGUGUUGGCAAUCUUAUCUAUCCUUUAUUGGAAGAGGGCUCCGAUAUGUUCAUAUAUGCGUGCGACAUUUCACAUUCGGCAAUUGAACUUCUUAAAAGUAAUCCAAUGUAUUCUGACAGUGCUGUAAAGGCAUUUCAGUGUGACAUAACAACUGAUGAUGUUUUCGAUGUAAUUCCAACUAAUUCUUUAGAUAUUAUUACUCUGAUAUUUGUUUUGUCAUCAAUCCACCCAGACAACUUUGAAAAGACAUUGAGGAAUCUUUUUAAGUUGCUAAAGCCAGGGGGUGUGUUUUUAUUUAGAGACUAUGGAUUGUAUGACAUGGCGCAGCUACGGUUUAAGCCUGGUCACAAAAUUGCAGAUAACUUCUAUAUGAGGCAGGAUGGCACGCGGUCUGUGCACGGGGCGAUGUUGCCUCAGGUCCUACUACUUCUCUGAGGAGCGCCUGGGGCAGUUGCUGGCGAGCGUGGGCCUCGAGGUGCACACAAACUGCUACGUGCAGCGCCGCACCGUCAACAGGAAGGAUGGCAUCGACGUCCCCCGCGUCUUCGUCCAGGCCAAGUGCUCCAAGCCCGCCGGCUGAGCCCGGCUGAUUUUACAGCGACUGGGCGGUGAUAUUGCUGCAGUGUUUAUAAGCCUGGUUGGCGGACUGGAAGAAGUUGACUCAGCCGAAGAACGGCACUGGCAGAUUACAGCUGGAUGCUUACUUUUCCUUCGUGGAAAUGUUUCAUGGCUUAGUAUUUAUUUGAAGGUGUUAAUUUUUGAACAAAUUUUGUUUGAAGCAUUGUUUCCAUCAGUCAAGUUGAAUGUAGUCAUUGUAAUGUAUUUUUAUGGUAAAGAUAUCAUUGCAGUGCAUACAAUAAAAAAAAACUUUGCAUUCUU